UUUUAUUUGAUUUUGUGUUAAUCUGAAAUUGAAAAGCCCUUUCUCAAAUGGGUAAUUGCUGCACAGUACCAAAAACCUCCGACGAGAAAAAUAGUAAUAAACCAAACCCCUUUGUUGCUAAUUCCGAUGGCCACAAAAUUCCAAAAGGUGGGUACAAAAAAUCGUAUGUAUUGAACAAUCCAACUGGGCAUAACAUCGAACACUUUUACGAACUCGGACGAGAACUCGGCCGAGGUGAAUUCGGCAUCACGCACUUGUGUACCGAUAAAACCAACGGUGAAGUUUUCGCUUGUAAGUCGAUUACGAAGAAGAAGUUGAAAACUAGAAUCGAUAUCGAAGAUGUUAGGAGGGAAGUCGAGAUCAUGAGGCGUUUGCCUAAGCACCCGAAUAUCGUAAGCUUGAAGGACACGUACGAAGACGAUAGUGCGGUUCAUUUGGUUAUGGAGUUGUGUGAGGGUGGUGAAUUGUUCGAUCGAAUUGUUGCUAGAGGGCAUUAUACCGAAAGGGCCGCUGCAGCUGUGACUCGAACGAUUGUCGAAGUUAUUGUGAAUUGCCAUAAUCACGGGGUCAUUCAUCGUGAUCUGAAACCGGAGAAUUUCUUGUUUGCGAAUAAUAAGGAAACGUCGCCACUAAAGGCUAUUGAUUUUGGACUGUCGGUUUUCUUCAAGCCUGGCGAGAGAUUUGACGAGAUAGUCGGAAGCCCUUAUUACAUGGCGCCCGAAGUUCUGAGAAGAAACUACGGCCCGGAAAUCGACGUGUGGAGUGCUGGAGUAAUUCUCUACAUAUUACUUUCUGGCUUCCCGCCUUUUUGGGCUGAAACCGAACAAGGAGUUGCUGAAUCAAUUAUUCGUUCGGUUGUGGACUUUAAACGAGACCCUUGGCCUAAAGUUUCUGAUAAAGCAAAGGAUCUUGUCAAGAAGAUGCUCAAUCCCGACACCAAACAACGACUUACAGCACAAGAAGUUUUAGAUCAUCCUUGGUUACAAAAUGCGAAGAGUGCUCCGAAUGUAUCUUUGGGUGAAUCCGUGAUAGCUAGGCUUAAGCAAUUUACGAUGAUGAAUAAGUUGAAGAAACGAGCUCUAAGGGUAAUUGCCGAGCAUUUGUCGGUGGAGGAAGUUGCGGGUAUAAAGGAAGGGUUUCAAUUGAUGGAUAUAAACAACAAGGGCAAGAUUGACAUUAAUGAGUUGAGAACCGGUUUAUUUAAGCUUGGUCAUCAUAUUCCCGAAGCUGAUCUUCUAGUUCUUAUGGAAGCAGGUGAUGUAGAUAAGGAUGGGUAUCUUGACUGUGGAGAGUUUGUUGCAAUUUCCGUACACCUAAGAAAGAUGGGCAACGACGACAAUAUGCAAAAAGCAUUUGAAUUUUUCGAUAGAAACGAAACAGGUUAUAUAGAGAUUGAAGAGCUGAGAGAUGCCUUUGCUGACGAGGCAGAGGCUACUACCGAAGAGGCUAUAAUUGCCAUUAUGCAAGACGUAGACACGGACAAGGAUGGGAGAAUAAGUUACGAGGAGUUUGCUGCGAUGAUGAAAGCGGGGACGGAUUGGAGAAAAGCAUCGAGACAAUACUCGCGAGAAAGGUACAACACUCUUAGCUUGAAGUUGAUGGAGAAUGGCUCGUUACAGAAGGACCAGUGACAAAUCUAUAUAUAUAUAACUUAAGUUCGACGAUUAAUUUUCGUUUUCCGGUUUCUAAUUUCUAUCGGUUUUUGUUAUAUUUAGGUCAUAUAUACUUGUGUGUGUGUGUGUGUGUGUGUGUUUAUUCUUAUGAUUUGUAUGUUUAUGGGUUGCCAUUGUUUUGAAGGGGCUGUAAAUUUUUAUAUUAAUUGUGAAUUUUUAUAUAUGCUGCUGAAGCAAAUACAGUUGAAGUUUCUGUUGUUCAAA